AUGUCUAGUCACGUAGUGGAUAAAGUUUUCGAUACAGGAUUUUUCUGGUUUAAAAAGGUAGAGUCUCUCAAUCGACGUAUUAUCGAAAACGUGAAGGAACUUGGCUCCAGUUCAAUUGACGACUCAAAUGGAGCCUUAAAAGAUGCACCUCACGCAGCUGCUGAUUAUUACCAUAGUCUUGGGAGACCUCAAUUAGGAUUAAUUGCUCAAGUAGUAGGCACAAGCGCCGCCGCCCUUUUGAUUUGGAGCUAUAGACACAAACUGCUUCCUCGACCUCCAAAGCAUUUAGCACAAGGCGACAAAAAAUGCAUCCUGUUAUUUGGACACAUGCGGGAUCCGAUCACUCGCCAAAUAGUAAUGGAUUUAUAUCGGCGUGGCUUUGUUGUCUUUGUUUGUUCCGAAGGAGGUGCUUCAGAAACUGAUGACGAUGGUCUUUUCCAUAUUGCUUCUUCAGACCUCAGCAACAUGAUCAAAUAUCUUUGCGAGAGCUCAACUGUGCUAUCCUCGAUAUUAAUAGUUCCAAACUCGGCUUACAAUUUGUCAGGUGCAUUCACGACGUUGUCAACAACAGCGGUUCAAGACGAGCUUCGAAGAAAUGUAUUUACUCACAUGCACGCGCUUUCAAAGCUAAUUCCGCAUUUGAUUGCGAACGUGCAAAUAAUUUUACUGGCGCCAUCUUUACCUAGAAACCUUGGGAUCCCGCAUCAUUCGCCCGAAUACCUGGUAGCUGGCCUGAUUGAAUCUUAUUAUAAAACUCUCAGGUUCGAGUACCCCUCCGCAAAGAUAUACUUCUGUCAUUUGGGCUUAUUGAAGAUAGCUAGCAGCUCGAGCAGCUACAAAAACCUCCCGUACACCGGCACAGCAAUUGGAACAUCGUUACUCAGGCCUUUGUACAACCUAAUUGUUUCGCAAGACAGCUGGUGGUUCAGCUUUUGUGAAGUCUUGCGCGGUAAGCAAAGAUUUUACGGUAAAUGGAGCAUGUUAGGGUAUUAUUUCGGCAAUUGGCUACCACUAAAGAUUUUGUAUCAUCUAUAA